CAGUGUGUGGGCCGGGCCGCAGGCUUCCCACAGCCGCUGACUCUUCCUCCAGCAGACGGAGCCUCUGAACAGGUUUAUUUUUAACCCAGUUGAAAGAGCGUUUUGUGCGGCAGCUCGUGUACUGGAAAUAGUCUGGAGGAGAGGAGACGCUGCAGGAACAUGGCCAGCGACGGCGAGGAGAACUACUACGGAAAACACGGUGAACCAAGAAAGUUUGAUCCAAAGUUUAAAGGACCUAUUGGAAACAGACACUGUACGGAUGUCCUUUGCUGCGUCAUUUUUGUGGUGGUCAUUUUAGGUUACAUUGCGCUAGGCAUUGUUGCCUGGAUUCAUGGAGACCCCAGGAAGAUUGUGUAUGCAACAGACAGCUAUGGCCAGUUCUGUGGACAAAAGGGGACUGUAAAUGAGAACAAGACUGUCUUAAUGUAUUUUAAUAUUCUAAAAUGUGCAAGUCCGGUGGUGCUUAUAAACCUGCAGUGCCCUACGACCCAGCUUUGUGUUUCCAAAUGUCCAGACAGAUUUGCCACGUACCUGGACAUGCAGGCCAACCUGCGGAACCGAAGCUACUGGGAAUAUUACAAACAGUUCUGUAAACCAGGGUUCAACAAGCCCGAAAAGUCUAUUACAGAAGUUCUACGGGAUGAAGACUGCCCAGCUAUGAUCACUCCCAGCAGGCCGUUCCUGCAGAGGUGCUUCCCAGAUUUCUCCACCAGGAAUGGCAUUCUGUCUGUUGCUAAUAAGACGCUGUUUAAAGAUGGAAGUGGCCACAUGAGGAACGUAACUGAUCUGAGAGAAGCGGCUAAUGGGAUAAAUGCCGUCCUUGAUGCCAGAUCCAUCGGUAUGAAGAUCUUUGAGGACUAUGCAAGUUCCUGGUACUGGAUCUUAAUAGCUCUCUUUAUUGCAAUGGUCAUCAGCCUCCUCUUCCUCAUACUUCUAAGAUUCACUGCGGGGGUAUUUUUCUGGAUUUUUAUAUUCGGUGUCAUUGGAGUUGUGGGGUACGGCAUAUGGCAUUGCUUUUGGGAAUAUAACAACUUGAAAGGGGUCCCUGGCUCCGACUUAACCAUUUAUGACAUCGGGCUGCAGACGGACUUCAGGGUCUAUUUACAGCUGAGGGACACGUGGUUGGCGUUCAUGAUUAUCCUCUGCAUUGUUGAAGUUAUCAUCAUCCUCAUGUUGAUCUUCUUAAGAAACCGAAUCAGAAUUGCCAUAGCGCUCUUACAGGAGGGAAGCAGGGCUAUCGGGUACAUCAUGUCAACCCUGUUUUAUCCAAUCAUCACUUUCAUCCUGAUCGCCAUAUGCAUCUCGUACUGGGCUGUCACCGCCGUCUUCCUGGCCACGUCCGGAGAGGCUGUAUACAAAGUGAUGGCCAAUAGGACCCUCUGUCAAUACGCAGGCACAGUGUGUGCUCCUGAAACCUUCAAUACGACUAAUGUGACCAGGCUGUGUCCCGGGGCUCAGUGCACGUUUGCACUUUACGGGGGUGAAAGUUUCUACUAUCAGUACAUCCUGAUCUUUCAGCUUUGUAACGUCUUUGUCUUUCUGUGGCUGGUGAACUUCUCCAUCGCUCUGGGGCAGUGCACUCUGGCCGGGGCCUUCGCCUCCUAUUACUGGGCUUUUAAGAAACCUGCUGACAUCCCAACGUGUCCCCUUUUUUCAUCCUUUGGGCGAGCAAUAAGAUAUCACACCGGAUCGCUGGCGUUUGGCUCCCUCAUCCUUGCUCUUGUACAGUUUAUACGAAUUAUAUUAGAAUAUUUAGACCAUAAACUUAAAGCAUCCCAGAACUCCUUUGCCAGGUUCUUAUUGUGCUGCCUGAAAUGCUGCUUUUGGUGCCUGGAAAAGUUCAUAAAGUUUAUAAACAGGAACGCAUACAUCAUGAUUGCCAUCUAUGGAAAAAACUUCUGUACUUCCGCUAAGGAUGCAUUCUUUCUAUUGAUGAGGAAUGUCGUGCGAGUUGCUGUUCUGGACAAGGUAACCGAUUUCUUGCUCUUUCUUGGGAAGAUUCUUGUUGCGGGCUCUGUUGGUGUCCUCGCUUUUUUCUUCUUCACAAGAAAAAUACCUGUAAUUACGGAUGAAGCUCCCUCGUUGAAUUACUACUGGGUGCCUCUCCUGACAGUGAUCAUCGGAUCGUAUCUCAUUGCACAUGGAUUCUUCAGUGUCUACGCAAUGUGUGUGGAUACGCUUUUCCUGUGUUUCUGCGAAGAUCUUGAGAGAAAUAAUGGGUCUGCGUCCAAACCUUACUACAUGUCUCCGGAGCUCCAUAGGAUUCUGAGAAAAAAGGAACUUGGCUCUAAGAAGUCAAAGCGUUAAAUGAUCGCACUUUGCUUUCUGUAACAAAACGCUCCUUCUAACCCAAUAACUAAGCAUUGAAGAGGUACCUGACGGAAGAAAGAAGAUAGUUUUCCAUGUGAGGUCCAGAGAUGUCUGUGAGAGCUUUUAGAGGUGAUGGUUUUCUUGAGGGAUGAAGAUCUACUGGUGAGGGAAGCAAGGAAAACCCAUCUGGUGGCAAAGUUCCUGAGUUUGCAGCAACUGGGGAGGGAGAUUCAUUAAGUUGAGGAUCUUCUGUUGAGGCAGUUUAGCUGGAAUGUAAUCUUGGGAGAUUGUUUCAGGGUGGACCUUCUAUCAAGGGUGACCUUGGAUCAGGAACACUAUGGGAAAUGAAUGUGGUCCUGAGGAACCUUGUUUUUAGGGUGACCUUGACUUAGAGACCUACUACGGUAGUGAGGAAAGUCUUGACCCUGGACCACCCAAGAGUACGACCCUUCCGGUGCAGGAAGUCGAUCUCCACCAACUGAGACAUACUAAGAAUGUCCUUGAUGAGGAACAGUAUUACAUUUAGUGCCUAUGAACAGGAAAAAUGUCAAUAUUAAUAGCUUUUCCUAAAAUUGCUUUUAGGGUUUUAAUAUUUUUAUAGAGCCGGUGUCUGUAUGAAGGGCCGGCACUUUUUAUAAUUAUAAACUUUCACUUUUCAUAGAGGGAGACAAAAAUACUUGAUCUAAAUGGUACAUUGAUAGAAUGAGCCAUAUCUGGUUUGCUUUCGGAUUUUUGUCGUUGUUUGAAUUUCUUGCUUUUUUUUCCUCAAAUGAAAGAUUUGGCUACGCAAACUUGACUUUCUCCGAACAUUUGGUGCUAAGUAAUAUUUGCACUUCACAGAACAACCAUUUAAACUGUGAUCUCAUGUUCUCCGGUUGGGUACGAGAAUCUGCCAUGUGUGAUAUGUGCUGCAUGAAAUGAGGGCUUCUCUGAAGUGUUACUGUUGUGCUUGUGUAGUUGGGGCAACUAUUUUGCUUAUUUCACCAGUGAGGAUGCAGCCUACCCAGUCACUACGAACCUGGUCAUCGAUGAGAGUCCAUCAUGUCCCAUUGCAUUUUCUUAUUAGUCCAGUUUAGAAAAACUAAAUGAAUAGGGGGGGGGGGGGGGUCCUCUGCUUAGGGUUCUCAUCUCUUACAAGCAGCGACUCUCACUUUGGAGGUCCUGUCCUGUCCUGCAUUGAUAUGAAUGGACACUGUGUAAUGCUUCAUUUCCCCUGUGGUGGCGCUGCUCACCAGGUCUCCAAACAGAUUACAGCUGAUUGCCAGCAGUCUCAGCUGGACACUUCGAAUACGUUAGAAUUGCCCAAAUUGUGUUCCUACCCCAGUUUAAUAAUACAUGGACCCAACCUUAACAUCGCCUUUAACUCAAAUCAGUAAUCCAGGGCCCCUCACACUGGAAUUGAGUUAAUAAAAAGCAUUUUUUUGAAAAACCCUGAAACUAACACUUUAGCGAGUGUUCCCUAGCCAUGAUCCCUCAGGCCCUACAACAGGCAUCCUCAACCUGCGGCCCUCCAGCUGUUGUAAAACUACAACUCCCACAAUGCCCUGCUGUAGGCUGAUACCUGUAGGCUGUUCGGGCAUGCUGGGAGUUGUAGUUUUGCAACAGCUGGAGGGCCGCAGUUUGAGGAUGCCUGCCCUACAACUAGAUCCAAAUGGUAAGUCUGUUCCUGCUGUGGGUACGGACGG